UCUAGUGCAGAUAGUAUCUGUCUAACUAAUGAGCGGAACAGAUCCUGUUGAUGAUAGAGGUGACGAUAGGAGACUUACACGUUCGGGAGCAUUAAGGGUUCCGCUCGUGUUCAGGACCUUGGACGAGGAAGAAUUAAGACAGCUUCGUGCCGAACGUAGAGCCCGUGCGCUCGCAGCGACGAGAGCAACAGCAAACGCCACAGUUAGGGAACAGGCUGCCGCAGCAGCUAGGGCAGCAGCCAUGACUAGCUCAGCAGCAUCCUUUGCGGCUUUGUCAGGGACUAAUGGGACGAGUCUGGGAAUGCCAACGAGUUCCACAAGUUCCUCAGGCACUUCCGGUUCUACAGGUUCUCGGCAGUCUUCUAGUCAAAUGGCGGGCGCGCAGUUCAGCCCGUUGACCCCGCGUGAGAGGGAACUCAGAGAGAUCCAGCAGGUCGAGAGGCUCCGUCGUAAGUUAGAGCAGGACCUGAAAGAUGCUACCGAUAGGGAAAAUGCGAUGAAAAGUAGAGCAGCCAGACUUGAGACGUUAGAGGCUGACAAGGCUGCGUUAGAGGCAUUGGACGAAUUGAGUUUGUCCGACACUCUGAAAGUGUUGAGGGACAACAUGUUGUCACUGCAUGCGCACGUAGACAGCAAGAUGGACUUCAUGCAAAGCACUUUGGACCAGAUCCUGGAUGCAUUGACAAAGCCAGGAUUCCGGCCAACAGCACAAUCGUUGUUGCCGUUAACGGCGAUGUCAAGCCCCUUUGCCGUACAAGUUGGCACACAGCCAAGUGCCUUAGAAGACUUAGAAGGCGAGUGGUCAAACAAGGACCCUCGUGAGUCUUGGGUGGCGCUAAAGAAGGGUCCUAGAGGAGAACAUUUCGUGGUGGAAGUGGAUGUAGGAGGCCGCAAAUGUGGUGCCUUCAUAGACAAUGGAUCCACACGAAAUUACAUAAGUCGCGAUUGUUUGGAAAGGCUGCACCUACAGGACCGGGUACGGCACCUUAGUAGACCAGUAGCAUCUACUUUGGCCAACAAAGAGCGCAUGAUAGUGACAGACUACAUCAAGGACGUAGUCUGCACCUUCUCCUAUGGAGGAGGAGAGCUUAACCAUAAGAUCUCGUUCUUGGUUAGCGACGACUUGCCAUUCGAAAUGUUGCUAGGCAUGUACUACCUCGAAGUUGCUAAGCCCCAGUUCGACUGGGAUAAGAAGGUGCUCAAGCAUAAGUUGCCCGAUGGCCGAACUGUUAGAUUGACUAAGUUCAAGGCCAGCAGUAUUGUAGAUACCUAUGGCUGCUUGUGUGCAUCAGCGUUUUACAACUAUUACAAGCAAAACAAAGAGGAGGGUAUGUUCCUUGUUUAUGUCUCUGAGAAGGGGGAGGCCGUUAAAACACCCCCAGAGAUAGAACGUGUCGUUGCUAAGUUCCCUGAUCUGUUUGAGGAGCCCACAGGAGUUAUUGAUAGGGAAGUCGUCCACGCUAUAGAAAUCAUUCCAGGGAUGCUGGCUCAGCAGGAUGGGAAAAAGUUGAGACCGAUUGAGUACAUGAGUAAGAAGAUGCCAUCAAAGAAGUUGGCUAAGUCCACCUAUGAAAGGGAACUCUAUGCUCUCUACAAGGCACUUGUCCAUUGGAGACACUUCCUUUUGGGAAGGUUCUUCUAUCUGAGGACUGAUCAUCAGACCCUCAAAUGGAUCAAGACUCAACCGGCUCUUUCAGAUGCACUCAAGCGAUGGACUGAGGUCAUAGACCAAUAUGACUUCAAGCUUGAGUACUUGAAGGGAGAGUACAACAAGGUUGCAAACGCGCUAUCCCGAAGAGCAGACUACCUAGGUGCGCUAGUAUCUGAAUUUGGCGUAUCUAAUGAAGUAACUCAAUCACUGGUGGGAGCCUAUCAAGAAGACCCUGUCACGAUGGACAUCAUCCGCAAACUUCAGGCAAAAGACAAGGCCACAGAAAGUGAGUUUGUGAUGGUGGAUGGGCUAAUCUAUCUGGAUAAGGCCGAAGUAAAGAGAUUGGUAGUUCCAUCUAGUGAACAGUUGCGUAGUUUAUUUUUAGGCGAAUGUCAUGACGCAACUGGGCACUUUGGCUAUAAGAAGACGAGUGCUAACUUAGUACAGCGAUUUUGGUGGCCCAGAAUGCUAGAUGACGCAAAGAAGUAUGUUGAGACCUGUCAGGUCUGUCAGCGGGACAAGCCGCGAACUCAAGCACCGCUUGGGUUAUUGAAGCCUUUACCCAUUCCUGAUGGUCCAGGAUUGAGUGUUUUCAUGGAUUUCAUGGACACCCUAGUGACCAGCAAGAAUGGUAAAAGGCACAUUUUCGUCAUCAUUGACAGAUUCACCAAGUACGCUAGACUAAUACCAAUGCCAGAGACAGCCAGGACGGAGUAUGUCAUCAAGUUGUUCAAAGACAACUGGGUAAGGGACUUUGGUUUACCAAAGACCAUCAUUAGUGACCGAGACGUCCGCUUUACAAGUGAACUGUGGAAGAAAACUGCAGAACAGAUGGGAAGUCAACUUCAAAUGACUUCAGGGAAUCAUCCUGAAGCCAACGGACAAGCCGAACAGAUGAACAGGGUGGUACAGCACUUGCUGCGGCAUUACAUCAAGCCCAACCAAGAUGAUUGGGAUGAGCAGUUGCCUCUCAUCGCCAGCUUGUACAAUAAUGCUAUUCAUAGUAGUACCGGCGUUAGUCCUAACCAGUUGCACUUGGGAUGGAAGCCUAUAUCAGCACUAGACUUCCUCCUACCUGAAAACCGACCUGCUGCAACUCCAGGCACACUUGAGUACGGUGUGCAAUAUGAGAAGUUGCUGCGCGAGGCUGUUGAACAUAUGAAGAAAGCUCAGCAAGCCAUGAUUGCUUCUGAGAAUCAACAUCGCAGACAGUCCACAUUUCAGGUAGGGGAACGUGUCUGGGUCAAGGCUAGUGAGUUAGGACGGGAGUUCGGAAUAUCUCGUAAACUAAUGCCUCAAUACUUUGGUCCCUGGGAAGUCUUGGAUGUAGUGGGAGAUGAAAUGGAUGGUCCUACGUACGUCAUUCGUGUCCCUGGUCAUCUACGCACUCACCCAGUUUUUCAUGCCUCAAAGCUUGCACCUUUCGCUGAGACAUAUCAAUUCCCUUCCAGGAGAUCGAUGCUGCCCCCAACCAUGGAUGGUCAGGUUGACAUCGACGACAUUGUGGAUCACAGGGACAUGCCUGUUCCAAAGCCGUUGGGCCGAGGAAGACCUCCCAAGCCCAAGAGAGAGUACCGCGUCAGAUUCAGGCAUCACACAGAUCCAAAAGAAGAUCGUUGGUUUACAAGGGAGGAACUGAUUGACACAGCUCCUCAGGUGGUGGCAGACUAUGAGAGGAAACUGAAAGGGAAGGCACCUGCGAAGUUGGUUGCCUUGUUGCUGGUGCCUUGUGCUCCGCUCCACGGACAGGAAGUUGUAGCGGUAAAAACUAAAGUAGGAGGAAGUACAGUUAGGGAAACUGUUGUACUGAAAACUGCAGCAGUGGAAACCGUAGCAGUAGAAACUGCAGCAGCGGAAACUAGAGCAGUGGAAACUGGAGCAGUGGAAACUGGAGCAAUGAAAAAUGCAGCAGUGAACACUGCAGCAGUGGAAUCCGCAACAGUGGACACUGCAGCAGUGGAAACUGCAACAAUGGACACCGCAGCAGUGGAAACCGCAACAGUAGACACUGCAGCAGUGCAAACUGCAGGAGUGGAGACUGCAGCAGUGGAAACUGCAGAAGUGGAGACUGCAGCAGUGGAAACUGCGGUAGCAGCAGAUGAGCAAGCAAGGGCAGGACGAGAGCAUCGUGGGGGCGAAGAAGAAAUUGGAUGAUACAAGGACAAUCGCAGCAUGCGUCGGAACCACUUAGAGAGACGCGUCACAUGUGUAGGAUAGCGACGUUGGCGGGAGCGC